CUCCUCCCCAUCGCCAUUCCCCUCUCCUCCUCCUCCUCNUACCGGCCCCAGGCGCCGAAGUCGCGGCGGCGGAGCGGGCGCAGCUGCUGCUGCUCGUGCGUGCUGUGGACGCUGCUGGCGCUGGUGGGCCUCGUCCUCCUCGCGGCCAUUGCCGGGGGGAUCUUCUACGUGCUCUACCGCCCCCACCGCCCCACCUUCGCCGUCUCCNCCUCCCUCCGCCUCUCCGCCGCCGCCGCGGCCCCGUCCCUGCGCGGCGCCCGCGCCCUCUCCGCCGCCGCCCUCGUCUACCUCCACGACUGCUCCUCCCUCCUCCGCCGCCUCAACUCCUCCGACGAGGCCGUCUCCGUCUCCGCCGCCGCCGCCCUCACCAGCAACGCCCUCGCACUCGUCUCCGCCCGCCUCCGCUUCGGCCCCGACCCCGCCCUCUGGUCCCCUCCCAGAACCGAGCGCGACGGCUUUUGGGAGCCCCCGGAGCCGGAGCACCGCGGCGGCGGCGGCGGCGGCGGCGAAACCCUAACCCUGCCCCGAUCCCCGCUGUUCCCGACCCCGCUCCCCGUUCCCGACGCCACCGUGUGCAGAUCCGGGCCCUGCGACUUCCGAUCCAUCCAGGACGCCGUCUCCGCCGCCCCCGAUCGCGGAUCCGGCCGCUUCGUGAUCCACAUCAAGGCCGGGAUCUACGAGGAGAACGUUCUAGUCCCCUUCGAGAAGACGAACCUCGUCUUCGCCGGCGACGGCAUGGGCGCCACCGUCGUCACCGGCGCCCGCCACGCCCAGAUGCCGGGCCUCACCACCUACGACACCGCCACCGUCGCCGUCCUCGCCGACGGGUUCCGGGCGCGGGGGCUCACCUUCGAGAACGCCGCCGGCCCCGGGGCGCACCAGGCCGUCGCAUUCCGGUCCGACAGCGAUAUGUCGGUCCUCGAGCACGUCGAGUUCCGCGGGCACCAGGACACACUCUACGCCCGCUCCCUCCGUCAGCUGUACCGCCACUGCCGCAUCUCCGGCACCGUCGACUUCAUCUUCGGAAAUGCUGCCGCGGUGUUCGAUAGUUGUCUUAUUGAGGUGGUGCCACGUCUAGAGAACCCGGAGAAGGGGGAGCGCAAUGCCGUGACGGCGCACGGGCGGACCGACCCGUCCCAGCCCACAGGCUUUGUGUUCUACAAUUGCACGGUUACUGGGAGCGCGGAGUACUUGGAAUUGUACAGGAAGAAGCCGCGGGUUCACAGAGUGUAUCUGGGGAGGCCGUGGAAAGAGUACUCACGGACGGUGUUUGUGAGGUGUUACUUUGGGGAGGUAGUGCGACCUGAGGGGUGGCUGCCGUGGCGGGGUGAUUUUGCACUGAAAACGCUAUUCUAUGGGGAGUACGGGAGUUUGGGACCUGGGGCGAAUGCUAGUGCGAGAGUGGAGUGGAGCAGCCAAAUAGAAGAGGAGCAUUUGGGUGUUUACUCUCCGGAGAAUUUUAUUCAAGGGGAUGAGUGGGUUGCCUAUUGAGUUUUGAUUAUAGUUACCAUAAUGUUUCAUUGAUGCCGAGAGUUUUUGAAGAAUUUCCUUUAGGGAAUUCGAGUGGAUAAUUUACUAAUCAUGCAGCUAAAAGGACACCGAUUUGUGAUGUUUCUGGUGUGGGUGUUGGUGGCAGAUGAAUGGGAGAUGUUGCUGGAAAUGUUUUAUUGGACUUUCAGGAAUUAUAAUGAGGUGAAAGCAAUAUACAGGGAAUUGAGAUAA